UUUACCGGCAAGAGAGGUUUGCUGGUCGGUGCCCGUUCGAGUUUUCAUCGUCUGCUAAAAUCCCCCGGUGCUCUGUUGUAGGACGCUGUAUGACCCCAGGAUAACUCACGCAGGAUAGUAGGACCCGUAGCUUUAGGCUAGCAGCAGAUAUGGCGGAUAUAUUACCUUCAGGGAAUAUCUUUCGGGAGUUACAAGUAGUGCAUGAUACCGGCUACUUCUCGGCCCAGCCAUCCUUAGAAGACCAUUGGCAACAGAACUGCCUCGAGAUGGAACGCUAUCUAAAAAACGAACCAAAACUUACCUCAUUUAAAAAAUUAGACUCAGAACUCGACGAUACGUGGAGUAAAUUCGACUUCCCGCGGACGGAUACGUCGACCAGCAGCUCCGACGAACAGGACGAGACGGAAGAAAAAUUGAAAGAUUUGGCGCGACUGGAUUUAAACGAUCGGACACACGACACUGCUAGUUUAUAUAGUUAUAGUUCAAGUUCAAGUGGUGUAUCAUGGGAUAGCAAUGUUAGCGAUCCAUCAUCACCGUUGACCCCUGUGACCCCGAAAUCAUGUGACCCGUUUGCGUUACGAUUGGUCGCACAGACGGGGCGGACAUCAUUGACCUUGACACCUCCUUCAUCACCCGAGCAACAAUGUCAUAGAUUCUCUUCACCGUUUUCUAAUUUAAAGUCGCGUCCUUUAACAGCGCCACCAUGCGGUGGCAGCCAAAGUAAACUUUUCAAACGUGCUGAAAGUCCGGAUAGUAAACGACGGAUUCAUAAAUGUCCGUAUACUGGAUGUAAAAAGGUUUAUACGAAAAGCUCACACUUAAAAGCUCAUCUCAGGACACACACAGGUGAGAAACCCUACAAAUGCACAUGGGAGGGCUGCGAGUGGCGGUUCGCCCGCUCCGACGAGCUCACCCGCCAUUAUCGCAAACAUACAGGUGCAAAGCCAUUUCAGUGUAAAUACUGUGAACGGUGCUUCUCCCGCUCGGACCAUCUCGCGCUUCACAUGAAACGUCAUCCCACGCCAUGAGGUCACGACCUCUCAUUGACCUUGAUGUUGCUUAUUUCAUCUGAGCUGUAACCUUGACCUUUAGGGUUGAAGGUCAUAUCUGUGAUCUAGAGAAGGUCAAAAGUUUGACCUUGAAAAUGGCUGGCUGUGUUCUUUUUGAAGGUCAUUUGGUGACUUAAGAAGGUGAAGGUCUUUAUUGGCCUAGAAGACAAUGGUGUCCUUGAACUGGGAAGAAGAAAAAGGAUAUUCAGAAUGGUUGGUGAUAGUUCAGCUGGUGCCAAAAGAUGGCGCUAGUUGUGGUGGUUGAAUAUAAAAUGUGUUCUAACUUUGCUUGUUGACUGUGAUUAUGUAUUACUUAGCUUUCGUAUUUUGCGAAAAUAUCGGGGAUAUUUUUUCGGAGAAAAAUGUGAAAAUGUACAUUCGAAUUUAGGAGGAUGGGUUGGACUGAGAUAGGACGCUCCGGUGGUUUUUCAUCUUCAUGUAAUGCGAAGUUGGCAUUCUCAUCCUUAGAUACAUUUACGUGGAGUUCACUAAGUGCACACACGCGGAGACAACUCAUUUGCCAUCUUUCAAAACGCGGUGUUUCAUUUCAUUCGCUAAUUAUUGAUGGAGACUUGCAAUUUUGUAAUCGGCAUUAUCAUAAUAUCAUAUUCAUACUUAAAUAAUCAUGACUAUAUUUAAUGGACUAUACUCCUUUUCAAAUUACGGGAUGUGCCUUUAUUUUGCUCAUGGAACUUUUUCAAAUGUCGUAUUUUGUAAGUUGAAUUUGUCACGAAUUGAAGUAUUCGGUGAAUAGUAUUAUAGUCUUAAAUCGGGGAAACUACACGCAGAAAUUUAGAACUAAAAUGAGAUGAUUUUCUGUUCUUCCAAUCGCAACGAUCAGAAAACGGGAAAAUGUGACGGUUGCAGCCAACUUUUGAAUGUUUUUGUAGGGCUUCGGAAAAUGAUGGACAUGUCUUCGAAAGUGUUGAAAUGCUUGUGUUGGUCCCGCCAUGUGCUUCCACUAGCACAUGCAGUAGACUUCUUUGGUUUCAUGAUGUCAUGACCUUGGGAACUGUGAGGGUCAUAAAGGUGACAAUCAGGUGAAGGUCGUUCAGUGCAGGAAAGUUGUGGUUUGAGUCUUAGUUUUGAAAGUGGGUUGCAGGGCAAGCAUGUGUAAAAUGGACCCUGCUUAACAAAACAUUCACGACAAGAUUUACUGUUUUAGAACAGUAAACGAAUAGAUCUAAGCUGGGUAGAUGGAAAAAGUGGAUUUCGUUGCAGCGGAAAUGCAACAAGAUGGACGCUGCAUUCAGAGAUGGAAAAGGAUGGGUGAACUGACUGGAUAGAUCAAAGGACAAGUCGUCCUCGAUGUGCCAAAAACUUUAUCUGGUCAUAGACGCGAAAUUUCGAUUGUUUUGGGGAAGCUACCCAGAAUGCUGUAAAAAGUGCAAGCAAAAGUGUAUGCUGCUGCUGUUUAUAUAGGGUGUCUCCAAAAAAAUGCAACAGGUGAUUUGUUGCGAUAUUGGUAAAAUAGUGACAUAUUGCUAAAAAUGUAAAUUGCUGCAGUUUUUGUGAGACAUACUGUACAUGUAGUCCAGUUUAUUUCACUUGAGGCUUGAUCAAGCUUGACAUGCAUUUUUGUACUACGAAUGCACUGCUUAAUCUUUCUAGCUUCACUUGGAUUAAACUGUGAAUGUACAUAGCUUAAGCUACACAGGAUGUCCCAGGAAAAAUGCACACAUUCAAACUAGAGAAUGUAGAAGUUGUGACACUUUUUUGGGACAUGCUGUGGAUAUUCAUGUUGAAUUGAGAGAGAUCAUGUGACACGCCUCCAUAUUAGGCUAAAUCCAUCAUGUAUAGCAGUGUCAAGAUGUGCUUUCACUUUGAUGGGAUUAGAACGUAACCGGUCAAAAUAAUUUGAAAUGUCGGCCUUGUGUUGUUGGAGUUCUCCAUGUGAUGUUGUGAACCAAUAGUCUAUGGCACCAUUGGCUGAAUGUUGAUCGGCUAAUGUAGGCAAUUUGAAUUAUGUUUCCAUGGCAACAUGAGAAAACACUUUGCGUCUUGCCAUAAAUCUCUGUUGCCUGCUAGACUGAGUGAGUUUGAUGGUAAAUUCGCUGAUAACGUCUGGUGUUAUUGUCGCUUCUUGUCGAAAAUCACCUGUACGAGAUUGUGGAAGUACUGGAUUGAGUGCUUUUAACUGGACUAUUAUUGGCACUGCAUGCAUUAGUAAGUAAUUUGUCAAGUACAGUUGAACCUCCCUUUGCAGACACCUCUGUUAACAGGACACCCACUCUAUCAAGGAGUUUGGUCCCAAAAGGUGAUUUCUAUGCGAUUUGACUUCUGAAUUUAGGACACCUCCCUAAAAAGGACGUCAGUAUUUGUCGGUCCUAGGGUGUCUUCAAAUUAAUAGAGAGGUUCUACUGCAAGAGGAAAUCCUGUUCAAUAUCCUUCGUUCCUGGUGGGAAUGUCAAAAUCUAUGAAAAAUUACACCGUUUUUGAGCAACAUCCCGCAGACCUUAUGAUCCUAUUUCAUCUUGUGUAUUCCAUAAGAAAAUCGCAUUUUCGUAAAAACAUUCAAUCUUCGUCUCCAGAAAUCUCCUCAAGGGAAUGCAUCCUAAAAACGCCGCUCAAAAUAAACAGUCCUCUCUGAUUGUGUUUAUUAUGUUGUCAUGGAAACUGAAUUGGAUAUGGUUGUGCUGGUAAAAGUGGUAUUGACUACCAAUUCUUAUUCCCACCUGUACGUUUUUUUCUCCUCCGCUGUGUUUUGCAUUCACCAGUUCGUGAUUCGAAUGUCUGCGAUGCUAAGUUUGCCAUUUUCAACUAUAGGUCUAUUAACCCAUGGUUACCGCUGCUGCUACUCUCAAAAAGAUUAUUUUGUCAACGUCUUAAAUUCCUCAUAGAGGGCUCCACAUGGCCAGUGUAUGAUGUUGCCGUAAACCACCAGAUAUCACCAAUAAUGAUGUCGUCUUGAAAAAAAAAGGGCUAUCUACGACAAUCAUUAGUGCCUUCUCUACUGGGUUAUUUUCAACAAUUUAGUACCAUACAUUUUUAACAAAUUUAUGAUUGCUUCAAUGGCGACUAGUUUAUCAUAAAAUAAAUGGUCACUAUGGAAACCAUCAUGGUCUCUUUGGAAAUACUAUAGUUGCCAUGGUAACCAGAGUCGUUGCUGUGGAAACUGUAAUAGUUUCUUCCAAAACUAAAAUGGUAACUGUGGAAAUAUUUUCUUUCUGUGUAUAUGAUUCUGGCAGAUUUAGCUGAUCGUAAGCAACACGUUACGUUAUGUUAUCGCCAUUUAUUGUGAUUUCUCAAUUUCUCGCCAUUUUGUUUGUUAUUUGUUGAUAUUUAUUAACCCUCUAAUAUCUACAGCUGAACCUGCAAUAUUCUGUGUUAUGUGCCGUUAACCCUUUCAGUGCUUAGAGCAACUUUUAUUACUGAAAUCAAUUAUUUGGUUAUUCUUGCCGAAAAUUAUGAAUAAAAGUGGAUGACAAACUUUGUGAAAAUUCGAUUGAGUGGGUUAUGAUUUUGAUUCAAAUGAUGAUAUACAAGUGCUGGCCAUGUCUGUUCAUUUUAUUUAUUAUUUGUUGCACCGAAAUAGCAAGAAAAAUUGAGCCGCUUCUAUCAUCAGUAGACAUAGAUGAAGUCAAGCAUUCGUCUGAAAGUGACUAAUUCAAUGCUACUGAUGGGUUUUGGUAGGGCUAUGCUGCAGGAUAAUGAUGCCAUUUAAAAUGGUGGCACUGUGUCCAUGGGCAAUGCACCUGACCAGAUAGGUUGACCUGCCAUUGCCUGCCUGCACUCACAGUCUUUCUCCAGUUUUAUCAACUCUACCUCCAUAUUCAGUGAGGUAGUUUCUUCCAAAGUUAUCCUAAUUUCUUCAGAUAUCUUGCCACGUUACUCAGCCAACAGAAUGGCCACUAUGAACCAAGUCUUUAUUGAUGGUUUGAUACAGAAGAGACAGUAUUUUUGGAAACCAGUCUUCUUCCUUCCAAUGUUUCUACGUCUUCAUGCUGACAGAUGUCGUACUCUUCAAUUUGAGAUGGCCAGCCCUUGGGUACGGGGGGGGGGGGAUAUCAUCAUAAAACUCUUUCAAAUUACUCCUUGAUUACAAGGAUCAUAAACCUGAGUCAUUCAGUGUACUCUAUUAUGUGAUAUUUUUGCCUACCACAGAAUUUACUCAAAAUUUCACCUUUUUAGUUGGCCAUAUUUGCUUACUGUUAAACCCGUCGAGUGAUUGGUACAAUUUCUGGGUACAAAUGUAUUUACCCAUUACACCCUUCUGACAUGCUGACAAUGGUAGUUGAUCUGGAUUCAAAUUGCUAGUGUCUCCACCUGUGAAGUAAUCUUAGAACUGAUAUUUAUUUAGUUGACUCCUAACCCAGCAGGUGGGUGUCCCUGUCACUAAAGUGGUUUCAACCUGAGCAGAAUUAAGGAAGGUGUAUGUAUUAUGUGAUGUAAGGGGCAGUGCUUGGGUCAGGUUAGAUUGAAAUCUGAACUCUGAACCCUGUACUCGUGAACCAAAAGGACAAUGAGCAAGUACCUAAGAAAAGAAACGACCGAACCCUCCAACAUUUGGUAUCAUUUCAUGGUACGUUUUAACGAUAAUUCUAAUGGUGCCAUUCUUUUUUCCAAAUGGAUUCUUUUGAAAUUCUUGAAACAUGCUACACGGGUAAUUUUUUCGAACUUUCUGACAAAUUUCGACAGGCCACAGUUAGCCCAAAAUAUGUACAAGUCAUCUUGUGUAUAUCACACCACUUUAUACAAUUUAUACAGUUUCUUAGUUCUACUAAGGUUGAAACGCACUAUACUCAUUUCACUUAUCCAACUCAUGUUGUGUACAUAUUUAAUCGGAUGUCUAUUUUUGUAUAAACUAUAAGCUGUUUCAAAAUCUGGUGAUUUUUGUAAUAUAUUCGUGGCUGUCAAAAUGUGCGGUCCGUUUUGUGUCAUAUGCAAGACAGUAGUGUGUAGUAUCAUAGAUUAGUGUUGGAAACCCCUAAAAGAGGGCAUGUGGUUUCAUAUUCUGUGUUUAGCAAUUCAUAUGAAUUGAAUUUGAAAAUGAAAUGAACUGUAGUGAUUUUGGUUUCGUCCGCAAUAGAGGUGUCAGAUUGUGCUUAAAUCUUACUCAAUAGACAGAUGCAUUACUGUUGCUAACCAACAGCUAAAACACUGUAGUGUUUAGUUGAUUUAAGCACAUUCAUUAACGCCAUCUAGUUGCAAACAUAAGAAAUGUUUGUCCGCAUUAUUUGUUAAAUUUUGAACUGUGCAUGAUGAAUGUCCAAUAAUCAACUGGUAAAUGUACUAAUACACUGAGAUAAUAUAAUAACGGUUCGAAAAUUAAGCUGGGGCUUUGUUCCACGAAAAUAUGCUGCUGUGACUAGUACCUUGACCUAUAAAUGUAAAUUUUGUCAACAAUUCAUGGAAGGGUGCAAAAAGGAAGCCAUUUUCAUGUCAAAGUAGAGUUUGAUGAUGUGACACAAUAAUAGGGUCAGUUGGUGUGUUUAUUCAUUGGAAAGUUUACAUGCAUGUUUAACUCACAAAAACAAGUUUGAAAACGUCUUCUGAAGACAGCAGUUAUUUUGUGCCCGGUAGUCCCAUCCUAAUUUUCAAACAAAUUGUAUUUCUUGUAUAAAAUGAUAUAAAUGUUUGUAAAUAUCGAAGUUAAGAAGCGCAUUGAAAGCUUAUCAUAAAUUAUUCGAAUAAGAUUUUGUUCAGAAAUGUUUGGAAUGGAAUUUCACAAUCUUUUGUGCUUUUUGUGAAAUUUGACCAUAGGCCUAAUUGUUUUGGUCGCAUGCCAUUACAAGUUUCACCCAUUUUCAUCAAGUUCUAUAAUGGGUGUUGCUUCGCUCAACUCUUGAAGAGAGAAAAGAUCAAGUUCUAUAAUGGGUGUUGCUUAGCCCAACUCUUGAAGAGAGAAAAGAUCAAGUUCUAUAAUGGGUGUUGCUUAGCUCAACUCUUGAAGAGAGAAAAGACCAAAGGUGACUGAACUAAAUUUGACCAGUUCAGAGUCACAGUUGACGAGUAGAAACCUCUAGACUUGGUGUCAAGAUUGAAUGCAUAGUCAGGAUAAGAACUUAUUGAAAAUGGGUUGAAAAGUUCUCUCGAGUCAUGAUUCUAUAUCUAUGUCAUAUUUCACGCGAUUUAACUUCAUUUUUGUAGAUGAUGUAACUGUGAUUUCCAUAAAGACAAGUGCUGCGUGUCGGGGCCGCAAUUAAUCUGUCCAAGAACAAACCUUUUAUUGAUUUUGCUAAAUUUUCUAAUGUAAAAAGAUAAUCAUUGGUGUUGUAAAUAUAGUUUGUUUGGUGUUAUAGACAAAGCCCAGUAUAGACUAAAACCUAUUGCUGACUGGCAACUUUUUAUUGCACAGUGAUGUGACAUGAGAUUUUUGUUGCAUCUUCCAAAAUCGCAGGUCAGAGCAACACAACAGUUGUGCACAGCGGGAAGAAAAUCACCAGUCUGCGAUGGGUUUACAUUCUGUUAGGUAAGCUGGCAUGUACGAAGUUCUUCUUAAAAUUCAUGUUGCGUAAUGGAUGACAUUUUGAGGAAAAAAAGACAACUGUGAACCUUGUAAAUUGGCGCCACACUGUGGUGUGUUUAUAUUGUAACGUACACCUUAUGGUAGAUUUUCAUUGGUACCAUUAUGGAUGGGAUCAGAUAUUUCAUUAUGGAUGGGAUCAGAUAUUUCAUUGCUGUUCGUACCCUUUUCAUGGUAUCAUCAUCUAGGGUAGGCCCACCAUCACCUGUACCCUUAAAUUGGUGCUACACCAUCAUUUGCACCACCAGACAUGAUACUGGUACCAUUUUCAGCAGCUAUUAGUUUCUAAUAAACCAUUGCUAUGAUGGUACGAUUAUUUUUGUUGAGGUACCAUUAAAGCAUAGUACCGGUUUUGGUACCAUCACUUUUACAGCAGUGGUAUCAUCACAGAUGGAUAUGGUACCAAUGGUACCAUCAUCUACAGUGCCAUUCUUUAGUACCAUUAUUGUGUAAUUAUCUUUAUAUUUAACAUUCUUACUAACUUGGUCCUUAUAUAUACAUGGUGCUCGGUUAAUUAUAUAUGCAUAAAAUAUUUCACCUCAAAUUUCUGCGGCCCCAACGUGUAGCACUCGCCAACAUAACAGAUGAUUCGUUUAUAUCAAUUAUUAGUAAUCAUGUAGAUAAGUCAAGCUAAGGCUAAUCAAGGACUGAGGUGGUUAAGAAAACCUUCAAAUGCAACUGAUUUGAAAUGUAAAAAUUCAAAAACUUAAAGUUUGCAUGCUAUUCAAAUGUAAUAUUUCGGUGUGCAUCUUUAUUGUUAAAUUGAAUUAGAAUUGGGUGUCUACAACAGGACUCGUUUUGAAGGUUUUCAAAAGAUGGACACCCAGUCCUUGCGGGGUUAAUAUUUUGAUACAGAGUAAUAAACUGACGUUACUGGCAUUGGCUUUUUGGAGGGGGUACGUGCAAUUGUUUAAAGUGCCACGGUUAUAUCACAUUGGGAAACGGGCUGUUCAAUCUUGAGAAACUGAAGCUAAUUUCGGAAUCUACUUUGGUUACGUCGAAGAUUUUAUUAUGUCGAUAACUUUCAGCAACAUUUUCUUCAAAAGAUACAAUUUGUAUGCAUUUGACUGUAUUUCUCGAAGUGAACACCAGGUGUCUCUGUGAGCUGAUAUCCAUAAGUGUGCAUUGCCUGAUCUUGUUUAUUUCAGUUCUCCCAAAACCUGUUAGUAUUUGUUUGGGUGAAAUACCCAGUAUUAUCAACCGAUCUUCUACACUUUACAAAAUGUAUAAAAGCUGCACUUUAUGUAAAUAACCUUUUGCUAUGGUCUGCGUUCUAUCGUUUAUCCUCCUGUGUUUGCCUGAGCCACACUCUUCUCAUGUUCGUGUGCAGUACCUCACCAAACGUCAACUUCUGGGAGACAAGUCUUAGCUUAAUGUCUACCACUAAACCAGCAACUUUAAUCUAAAUCAAAUGUGCUUAUCUAUUGAAAGAGGUUAUGUCUUCGUUUCACGUGCAAUUGAUGCAUUUCUUAUCUUUCGUUCAAACCAGCUUUCAAUAGAGAUUUCUGUUACCUCUCCACGGUUUUUCGUUACUAGGUUUACCUCAGAAUGAGGUUGAUCUAAUAAAAUACAGGCUGUCCAAUAAAAAAAUAAACGAUUUGAAAGUUUGGGACACCCUGUAAUCGUACAAAGUUGUACACUUUCGAUUCGGGGAGAAUUUUAGAUUAUUGUUUUAUUUCUGGUGCUUUUAAUUUCGUUACUAUAGUUACCUCAAAAUCUUUAUUUCUACGUCUGAAACUCAUGUAUGUAUGUUAUUUGGCAUAUGCAAAUUAUUUUUGAGAAUGAUUGGUGUGAAGUGGCAUCCUAGCUGAGGCACAUAAAUCAAUGGGUUAACUGUGCUGUAUAUGCUUGCACAAUACCACCAGCCAAGUAUACAUUGUGACAUCGCAAAAUACUUUGGGCGACGUUUUAUACUUGUCAGAUCGACCUCUACUGGUGAAAUAUAUCAGCUAUCGCUCGCUAUAUAUAUUUGGUACUUUAUUACGGUAUAACAAUAGCUUAUGAUAAAUGUCUAAGAAAAUGUUCUGGCCACCUGAAUGUCUUAAACCGUUAAUGUUAAGUGUGUUCAAUUUGAAUGAGAGCUAGAACUAUCUUGUAAUGUUUAUGUUACAGUUUUUACUCUAAUUCAAAUGAAACAAAAAAAAUGUACUGGAAACUGUGAAAUUUUCGUGAGCGUUCUAUCGUUUUUGCAAUGUUCGCGAACGCACUGUCAAACAACUUUAAAGCGUGAAAAUUUAAACUGUAUCAACCAUUAACUUUUGUCAGCAAACACGAUGAUUAGUCUACCAGUGAUAUAAAUGAGAAAAUUUGCCAACUUUAAGCUUUGUGAACAUUUCAUGGUUUACAGUGACGUGGUAUUUGUAUGCUAUAUAGUGGAUUAAUACUAACUAUGUAUUCUUUUGCAUGAUGACAUAUGCGUAGGUCUGUCACCAAAGGGUGUUUCAGUCCUUUUUUAGAUCUCGGUGACGAUCUGCUGCGUCCUUAUGAACAGGCAGCAAUAUUCAUCACUGUGAGCCACGAUGAGGGGAGUGAUCCUUUAAGGAACUUGCCACCUAUUUCUGAAGUGGAGAACUAUAGAUAUGUAUAAGCCUUAAUGUCUAAAAUCAGAAAAUAAGACCUCUUGAUGAAAAUCUUUGACUCAAAAUGUUUAUAUAAUAAUCUCUUAGCUCUUGGAACGAGCUUCUUCAUGGACUUAUGCCUAUUUGUGUUUGCAGCUUGUAGUACAUGAGUGUCGAGAGAAAACUUUGGAAUCCCUUUUAAAAAGCUUCACGGUUACGCCGCCAUUUUGAACAACUUCAUUGUUUCAUCACAUUCGUCGUAUACAAAUCGAGACAAUUAAUAAUCUAAAACUUGACGUGCCAGUAAACAUAGUAAUUUAUGAAUCCACGAAGACCAUUUCUCAUCUGCUUAAUCAUCGAGCUAUCAAUCACAUGAGACCAACUCAGGUUUUAACAUCUUGUGAUAAUGCCAAGUUGGCAUAGUAACCAUCAAAACAUCAAUGGUUGUAUAAUUAUGAUGUCAUUAUUAUGAACAUUCCGACCCUCGUCCUUUGUGGGUCACAUGACAUACGUAAGAGCGUUGAUUGGUUAAGAGCAAAGCACUAUGACGUCCAUCAUAUAAAUAUGCAAAUCAGCCAAUUUCUUACAUAACAUAGUAUUGAACAUCAUGUUGACCAAAUGGUGGCUUACCAAAUAUGGCAAGAGGGGAAAAAAGAGAUUUUGCCAUAUUUGGUAAUUCGACCUCAAUAUUUUCUGUUGGUCAUCAUUUGCAUAUUACAUGAGAAUUUCUACCAAUAUAGCAAGCAUUCUUAGUUUAAGAAAAGUAUUAUAAAAGUUGCAAAAAUUGGUGUAAAACUGUACGAAUCACCACACAGUGUGGCCACUGCCAGCCGUUAGAACAAGACCAGGCGCUAGUGGCGACACUCGGUGGUUUGAUUCUAAAUGUACCUGCUAGUUGUACAUAAUACAAGCAUACAGUCACUCUGUACAUUUCUACCAAAUAUCCUUUAAAUAAAUACUCGUUUCAUACAAA